UCACUGAUCUCCCGGCACUUUAUUUAUUUAUAUUGUGCUAAUUCGCGCAGUCAGAGCCGCUUUUGUCGUCCCGAUGGUAUUUUUUGUUCUUGCAGUAGAAAGAACGCCUGACUCAGCGGUUUCUGCUGGCUGUGGGUCCGGUUCGCCUGCGGUUCUGAUCCUGCAGGUCGAGUUCAGAUUAGCGUCCCGGUGUAGCCUAGCUGACAUCACUUCCUGGCCUGCUGGUCCUGAUCGCUGCAUGCUGACUCAGGACCAGGGACUCCAUUAAACAGAACCGGCUGACAGCAUGAAGUAGGACGAAGCCACAGUGUUUCCUCUGACGCUUUUAUGCACAUUUUGAGGUUUUGCAUUAGAAAUAACUUCCUCUGUUUCACAAUAACAAAGUUUUUGGUUCGCUUGGGGUGAAUCAAAAAAUGUUCUGAAAAAAGAAUCGAUGCUGCAGCAGAGAGAACAGAUUGACUCCAUCUUUGUGCUACAUGCUAGUUAGCGACAUGGAAAAACGGCUCAUUUGUUUAGUUUUUGUAACAUUUUAGAAGUUUGUUUAAAGUUUCCUGAUAAUUGGAUGGAAACAUAAUGUUCAUAAUGGAGGAGCGGCCUAGUUAAAGUUUGGGCUUAAAUCUGACUGAGACGCUGCAGGAUGAGUUUCAGCAGGAAAAGCAUCUAGUCAGACUGGUUGGUUGAUUGAUUGGUUCUUUGUGGCUCGUGAUAAAUUGGACCUUUGAAGCAUCUCAGGAGGCUGAACCGCGCCGACGCUUCGCCUCAUUUCCUGGUUGCCUCUGCAGAGCGUGACCUAGAAAAUCUGCUGCCAGGUUCGAAGCUCAGCGUUUCAUCCUGAGGAGCGCCUGAAACUGGGUCGGCCCGCGGGCCUCGUCAGCCGGGUCGCUGCGGUUUAAGGAGGAGGAUCAAACGCUCUCAGGUGGUGACAUCACGACGAGGCGCAUAAAAAACCCGGCUGUUUACACCGGAUCAUCAGAACCGGGCAGGACGCCGCAGACGCACAUCCACGCCUGACCUCCAGCCAAGCCCUGGGAACCCUGCAGAACAGAACCGGACCAAUCCGAGUCAAACAGAACCGGACAGAACCAGCAUGUUUCCAGCAGCUAACAGUUCCAGACUGACGGUCAUCGGUGCCGUCGUCAUGGUAACGAUGUUGAUGAUGGCAGAGGUGGCGUCGAAGCACCCCAGGAAACGCUCCGACGGCUCAGUGAAGCAAACCGUGUCUCUGCACCUGGACCCGGACCUGCUGCUGCUGCCCAGCAGGAACCCGAGGCCGCUGCACAACGCCUCCAUCUCGCCCUGGACCUACAAUACGUCCCGUGACGAGUCUCUGUACCCGCCCGUGCUGUCAGAGGCGCACUGCCUGCUGAAGGGCUGCCGGGACCUGGAGGGGAAGGAGGACCAGAACCUGCAGUCCCGGCCCAUCUGGUACCAGGUGAUGGUUCUGAAGCGGGUCAAGACGAACGAGACGGAGCAUAGCUACCACUACCGCCUGGAGACCCGUAACGUCCCUGUGGGUUGCACCUGCGUCCGGCACCUGGUCCAUGUCCAGGAGUGAAACUGGGUCCAGAACCAGGUCCAGAACCUCUAGUUCUGAGUCGCUGCCUUCUCUGAAGAGUUUUGCAUCAAGUUGUGUAAACUGACCACUAAGUUUGGCGUCAGGAGGCGUCCCGCCUUGUUGGUGCUUAUUUAAGUUUUAUUUAAUAGUUUGUGACCUUCAGCAGAUAUUUAUUAUUAUUACUGAUGUAUUUAUUAUCCUGAUCAAUAAAGUUCAGACACUGAA